GCCCCCAGGAUCGGGCCCCCAGGCGGGGUGAUGGGCAUCGGGCCCCCAGGCGGGGCGACAGGCAUCAGGCCCCCAGGCGGGGCGGGGCACCGGGCCCCCAGGGCGGAGCGGCAGGCACCGGGCAUUAGGCACCACAGGCGGGGCGGGGGCACCGGGCAAUCCAGGCGGGGCGGCAGGCAUCGGGCACUGCGCCCCCAGGCGGAGCAGCGAGCACCAGGCCCCCAGGAGGGGUGGGAGCGGCGGACACCGGGCAGGAGCCCCCAGGCGGAGCGGCGGGCACAGCGGGUCAUUAGGCACCACAACGGGCAUCGGGUCACCAGGCAUCAGGUCAUUUGGCUCGCCAGUGGGCACCGCGUCAUCUGGCAAGGCAGUGGGCACCGA